GAUAGCAUAGCAUAACAGAUAGCUUAGAGAUAGAUAAAGAGUAGAUCAUAAAUAACGUUAGUCAAAAUGGUUUAUUACUGUGUUUGUGGCGGGUGCAAGAACUCCAGCAAAACUGGACAUAGGGUCCAUUCCUUCCCCAAGGACAAAGGGAUCUUCCGAAGCUGGGUGCAGUUUGUGAAGAUUAGGCGGGCAGAUUUUUCAGCUAGCUCUGUCACCGCCUACUCGAGAAUAUGCAGCACGCAUUUCAAAGAGGAGGAUUACCACUCAGGGGAUGCUAAAAUGGUCUCACUUGGAUUAAAGAGUGAGAGGAGUGCUAAAUUACUUCCUACCGCCGUGCCGUCUGUGAACGCAAACCUCUCUGCUUGCCCCGUCCCGAGGUCGAGAGACACCGUCUGCCGCAAGCGAGAAAUUGCCACGAUGUUGACAGACACCUCACAGCAGGAGACUGUGGACAGUGUAGACACUGUGGAGAGUGUCGAUACUGGGGAUCAGCCCUUGCCCUCCUCCACUUCUGACGCUGGGACACAGUGUUCUUUGAAGCCCCCCCGAUGGUCUCACGCUGUGCAGGUUAACCUGAAGCCCAAGAUGGUCAGCGUGGGCACACAGACAUCAUUCGGCACACAAACCUCCACUCCCCUUGCUAGUCCUGAACAGACAGAUGAAGAUGAUGAUAAUGCCUCUGUCAUCAGUGACUUAUCGUGGGUGCCCGAAGAGCCGAUGCAUGAGGAAGACUUGUUUGAUGAGGAGCCACCUUACACGUGUGACCCCCAUCACAAUGGCAUUGACAAAUUCAUUGUUUGCCAAGAGGAGCUGAUGGGCCUUUUUGUCAUCUGUCCGGCCUGUUGUGAGAGGUCAGAUAGUAGCAUCGUGCAGCAGGAAGGAACUUUUCUUAAUAUCAAGCAGGUCUGUGCAUCAUGUGGCUACCACCGUUUCUGGCAAAACCAGCCAAUGCUCCACAGGAACAUGCCGACCUGCAAGCUCCUGUUAAGCGGGGCCAUUCAUUUCACUGGAUGUUUGGCCACCCAGACAUUAAGAAUGUUGACUCUGUUUGGCCUGCAGUGCAUCAGUGCGAGCAGUUACUUUCGCCAUCAGUGCCGCUACACCAUCCCUGUAAUCGUUCAGGCCUGGCAAAACGAUCAAGCGAAGAAUUUUAGUGACCUACGGGCAAUGGAUGGCGGGCUAGUUCUUGCUGGUGACUGCAGGUCAGAUUCUCCUGGGCACUGCGCGAAGUAUGGAUCCUACUCUCUGAUCGAGGACAGAGUGAACAAGGUGGUGGAUGUUCAGCUUGUUCAGAGCUCAGAGGUCCCCAACAGCUCAUGGUGUGAGCUUGAAGGGCUCAAGCGCAGUGUUGGCCUGCUGAGGGGAAAGGACCUGCAUUUAGCAACGCUGAUCACGGACCUUCAUCGCCAGGUUGCCAAAUGGGUGAGAGAGGAGCUGAGCCCUGAAGGGACACAGCAUUAUUUUGAUGUGUGGCACAUUGCCAAAAGUCUGGGGAAGGCAUUGGAUACAGCUUCAAAAGAGUGUGACCAACUACAGCUGUGGAGGCCUGCUAUAGUGAAUCACCUCUAUUGGACUGCAGCCUCAACCCCAGACGGCAACCCAGCAGUCAUGGAGGCUAAAUGGAAAAGUUUAGUCAACCACAUCCAGGACAUCCAUGACCAUGACACCCCUGCUUUCUCCAGUUGUGCCCAUGGCCCUCUAGACGGGGAUCAGCGCAACAAAGAGUGGCUGGACCCAGGCUCAUUGGCAGCAGUAAAGUUGGAGAACAUAAUCACGAGGACUGCCUUACUGAAAGAUGUUCGACAGCUGUCUCCACAGCAUCAGACAUUCUCCCUUGAGGCUUACCACUCCCUCAUCUUGCACUUCGCACCCAAGCACACAGGGUUUUCAUACGUUGGGAUGUAUAGCAGGCUUCUCUUAGCGGCUGCAUUACAAUCACAAUGCCAACCAAAAGGUGCCCAUGUGGUGCGUCCCAUCAAAGAGGCAGCCUCAUACGGUUAUGCAACAUCAUUGAUGAAGGCCCUUCAGGAAAGCUACACCCAUUCACCUGCAGCUCUUCGAGAGGUUAAGCUAAUUUGUCCUCCGAUGCACCCGCCCCCAUCAGCUAAAUCCUUCGAACAGGUUCCUAAGGAGGAGGCCGUCAGCCUCUUCCUAGCCCGGCAGUCACGCUACAAGAGAACCUAA